AUGGGAAAAACGCAAAUAUGGGAAAAACGCAAAUAUGGGAAAAACGCAAAUAUGGGAAAAACGCAAAUAUGGGAAAAACGCAAAUAUGGGAAAAACGCAAAUAUGGGAAAAACGCAAAUAUGGGAAAAACGCAAAUAUGGGAAAAACGCAAAUAUGGGAAAAACACAAAUAUGGGAAAAACGCAAAUAUGGGAAAAACGCAAAUAUGGGAAAAACGCAAAUAUGGGAAAAACGAAAAUAUGGGAAAAACGAAAAUAUGGGAAAAACGAAAAUAUGGGAAAAACGAAAAUAUGGGAAAAACGAAAAUAUGGGAAAAACGAAAAUAUGGGAAAAACGAAAAUAUGGGAAAAACGAAAAUAUGGGAAAAACGAAAAUAUGGGAAAAACGAAAAUAUGGGAAAAACGAAAAUAUGGGAAAAACGAAAAUAUGGGAAAAACGCAAAUAUGGGAAAAACGCAAAUAUGGGAAAAACGCAAAUAUGGGAAAAACGCAAAUAUGGGAAAAACGCAAAUAUGGGAAAAACGCAAAUAUGGGAAAAACGCAAAUAUGGGAAAAACGCAAAUAUGGGAAAAACGCAAAUAUGGGAAAAACGCAAAUAUGGGAAAAACGCAAAUAUGGGAAAAACGCAAAUAUGGGAAAAACGCAAAUAUGGAAAAACGCAAAUAUGGGAAAAACGCAAAUAUGGGAAAAACGCAAAUACGGGAAAAACGCAAAUACGGGAAAAACGCAAAUAUGGGAAAUACGCAAAUAUGGGAAAAACGCAAAUAUGGGAAAAACGCAAAUAUUGGAAAAACGCAAAUAUGGGAAAAACGCAAUUAUGGGAAAAACGCAAAUAUGGGAAAAACGCAAAUAUGAGGAAAACGCAUAUAUGGGAAUACAUAUGA